AUGGUGAGUGAAGACAGAAAUCAAAGUGCUGCAGUCAUAUUCAUCCUCCUAGGAUUCUCUGAUUACCCAGAUCUCCAAGUCCCCCUCUUCCUUCUAUUUCUGCUUAUCUAUGUGGUCACAGUUUUGGGAAAUCUGGGAAUGAUUCUGAUCAUCAGCAUCAACCCCAAACUGCACACUCCCAUGUACUUUUUUCUCAGUCAUUUGUCUUUUGUGGAUUUCUGUUACUCCACUGGAGUCACACCCAAGCUCUUAGAAAACCUAGUUGUGGAAGACAGAAGGAUUUCUUUUGGAAGCUGCAUCACGCAGUACUUUUUCACUGCUACCAGUGUGUUGACAGAAGCUUUCUUGUUGGCUGUAAUGGCCUAUGACCGUUUUGUGGCCAUUUCUGAUCCCCUUUUGUACUUGGUUAUGAUGUCCCAGAAACGAUGUACACUGCUGGUGACUGGAGCAUAUGCAUGGGGAAUAGCUUCUUCCCUCAUAUUUACCUAUUCUCUCAUUAGAUUGUCUUUUUGUGGCACUAAUAUUAUUAAUAAUUUUCUCUGUGAAUAUUCUGUCAUUCUCUCUGUCUCCUGUUCAGAUAGAUACUUUAGUGAAAUGAUACUUUUCGUCCUUGCUAAUUUUAAUGUCUUGAGCAUCCUCAUAAUCAUCUUCAGCUCCUAUAUUUUAAUUUUCAUCACCAUCAUCAAAAUGGAGUCAGCCAGUGGGAGGAACAAAGCCUUUUCCACCUGUGCCUCCCACUUGAUUGUCAUCUCUAUCUUCUACGGGACCCUUCUUUUUCUCUAUUGUUUCCCCAGUUCUAAAAAUUCAUGACUUAUAGUCAAAAUGACUUCUGUUUUUUACACAGUGGUCAUUCCCAUGUUGAACCCUCUAAUAUACAGUCUGAGGAACAAAGAUGUUAAAGAAGCUGUCAGGAAACUAAUGGACACCAAAAUAUUUUCUUCCUAA